GAAAAUAACAUCGAUUCUUAGAUAUCGUCUUGACCGGCCUAAAAACGCACCACAACGCACACAGCGCAAUGAUACUGCGGCGAUGUUUGUUACGAGCGGGUCGGAGGGCGCUGCCAGACGCGAGGUCUACUCGAACAAACUGGAGAGCUCAAAGUACAAUCGUAGCAGAGACUACUGAGCCUGUCCAACAUACCACGGAAGAGCUGCAGAGCCUUCUCACCGAGUCCCACACUCGUGUCAAGGCAUUGGAGCUGGAAGCAAAUAGCCACCUGGAUCGCCCGUUACCUCCAUCGACUGCCGACGCGGCCCUUUUCAACGACGCUCAACACGCUCUAGUACGACAACAGUUUGAUAAUUAUUUAAGAACAAAACAGGAAUUCUCGAAAAUCGGCGCGACCCAAGCUCCUCACUACCAACCCCAUACGCUCAUCUCGAAUCCGCCACGACUUUCUGAUGUCACGCUCGAGCUUCUACUCGCCUCGGAGGCCCAUAUCGGUCACUCAACGUCCAAUUGGAAUCCCAUGAAUUCGCGCUACAUAUUCGGAAUCCGACAAGGUGUACAUAUAAUAUCGUUAGAUGUCAUUGUCGCACAUCUUAGGCGAGCAGCCAGGGUUGUAGAAGAGACCGCUCGCCGUGGUGGUCUGAUUCUAUUCGUUGGGACAAGAGGUGGACAAGAGCGAUGCGUGGUCAAAGCUGCCGAACUCGCGGGGGGCUGCCAUAUUUUCGAGCGAUGGAUACCUGGAAGUAUCACCAAUGGACAACAGCUUCUAGGCCAUUGUGAAAUAAAAGUUGUGGAUGAGCACGAUCAAGAAGUACCAGGUUUCGACGACCUCACGUCGGAGCGGGCUGUCUUGAAGCCUGAUCUCGUUGUGUGCCUCAACCCAAUAGAGAAUGCAGUGCUCCUCCACGAGUGCGCUAUGGAGCCCAUCCCAACUAUCGGAAUCAUCGACACAAAUGCAGAUCCUACAAAGGUCACCUAUCCGAUCCCUGCAAACGAUGACAGUUUACGUUGUGUUCAAGUCAUUGCGGGUGUGUUGGGCCGAGCAGCUGAAUCUGGACGGCAGGCACGACUCGAGGCUGCUAAGAGAAAUGAGUAUACCUUUGCACCAGCGGCCGGCCUGCAACUGCCCCUGACGGGGAAAUCCGUGGAGCAAACGGGAUAAAGGAUGCCAAAUGUGGACCCUUAGUGAUAACAUGAUGGAUGAUGAUCCUGUUCCGAGGCAGAGCAGGAGACAGCAAAAUUAGGUAUACUCACCUGAGUUACGACAGUCUUAUCCCCAAACUAUUGUACUUCUAUAGGUCAAUUAUACAUAUGUACUAGUAGCAGCACGUUGUGUAUACAGCGCUUUUGGUACUUCUUCAGUACCUGUAUAAUACACACUAGAACUGUAAACUAAGACUCCGCAGGGUUGUUUGGGUACACUGCGUAGAAACGCCACAAGACUUUAGUGAGAAUGCUAUGAUAUACAGUAAGUGGUAAACAUUCAUAGAUAAACAAUGUAGAG